UGGCAACUCCGAAUGUGGGAGGGGAAAAGAUGGGAGGGAAAAAUUCCAGCCGCGAUUCCCGAAUUUCUGCGUCUCCCGGAGCUUUUUCCUGCUCUGCCUCGCCUCAGGCCAUGUCCACGGCCGGAAUUUUGGAAUCGUUGCUCCAAGUGGAAGAAAAUUUCUCCUCUUGCCUUGCCAGGAUCGAUUCCCUCAUCCUCCAACCUCUGCUCCGGGCAGAGCCGCAGGAUCCGAAGGGAAAGGAGAACUUCCGGCUCCUGGCUCUCCUCAACGAUCGCUUCCAAUCCCUCUGGAAUUUCACGGAGGAGAAUUCCCGGAUCCUGCGGGGGAAAAGCGGCUCCGGAUGCAUCCGGGAUUUUCACAUCCUCUGGAAAGGGGAACUUUUCCUCAGCCUCUACAUCCAGUAUUUCGUCACCUUCGCCAACUUCGUGGUGGUUCAGGGCUUCGAGCAGGCGGCCAAGAGCGAGGCCUGGAAGCUGCCCAAGGCGGCGCUGAAGGAAUUCCUGCGGGAUUUGCCCUCGGAGAAGUCGCUGGGGCUGGCUCUGCUCUCCGUGCUCCAGGAACCUUUCCGGGAUCACGUCCGGAGCCACCUGCGGCUCCUGGCGCGGCUCCGGGAGCUGCUGGAAGAGGAGUCGGAGCGGGAUGUGGUGGCCACGGUGGAGCAGGAAUUCGGGAAGCUGGAAUCUUUCAUCAGCCAGGUCCUGGAUGAAGCCGCCCUCACCAAGGAGCUCUGGAAAAGCCUGGGCUCCAAAUUCACCGACGUGCUGUGUGUCCCCGAGAGGAGGCUCCUGGAGGACAGCAGGAGCCUUCCCGUCGCCGCCGGCGCCGCGCGCUCCGAGCGCCUCCUGCUCUUCGACGACGUCCUGGUGCUCAUCCAGGGAAACAGCUUCCAGAGUUUCGACCUGAAGCUGGUGUGGGUGGAUGAAAACUGCGGAGAGAAAUCGGCUCCGGGAUCGCACAGCCUGCGGAUCACGACCCCGGAGGAGACGUUCGUCCUCUCGGCCAAGGACCCCCGGAUCAAGGCCGUGUGGCGGUGGAAGCUGGAGCAGGCCGUGCGCCAGGCGCUCAACGGGAAGCGGGAUUUCCCUCUCUGGGGACGCAGCGGAGAAGGAAGCGAGGCCCCGGCGCGGCGCUUCUUCAGCUACGUCUUCCGCGCCGAGGGACGGCUCCGCGGGGCCACCUACGAGGGCGAGUGGCUCCGGGGGAAGCCCCACGGCAAGGGGACGCUGAAGUGGCGCGAUGGACGCAACCACGUCGGGGAUUUCCGGGAGGGCCUGGAGCACGGGUUUGGGAUCCGCCUGGUCCCGCGGCGCUCCGAGGAUCGCUACGACUGCUACAAGUGCCACUGGUACCGGGGCAAGAUGAGGGGCUACGGAAUCUGUGAGUAUGGGAAUGACCUGGUCUACAAAGGUUACUUCGAGGACGACGUGCGCCAAGGGUUUGGGAUCCUGGAGAACUUCUCGGCCCAGCAUCCCUUCAAAUACACGGGCCACUGGGAAAAGGACAAAAAGAACGGCUACGGAAUCUGGGAGGACAAGGAGAGAGGCGAGCGGUACAUCGGGAUGUGGUUGGAUGACCACAGACACGGAGAAGGCAUCGUGGUGACCCAGUCGGGGCUCUGCUACCAGAGGACGUUCCACGCCGACAAGAUGGUGGGUUCGGGAAUUCUGCUCCUGGAGGACGACUCGGUCUACGAAGGGAAUUUCACGGAAGAUCUGACGAUCAUCGGAAAGGGAAAAAUUUCCUUGGCCGAUGGAUCUGUCCUGGAGGGAACCCUGAGCUCCUGCAGCGGCCGCGACAUCCAGCUGGGCGUGAAGGAAUUCCCGGUGGAGAAGAGAUGGCCGGGAAUUUUCCAGCAAUUCCUGGAAUUCAUCCGGUCCGGCUGCAAGGAGGAAAUGGAGGAAUCGUUCACGGGAUUCCACGUCCAGAGCAGCAAGGAGCUGAGGAGAUCCCAGGAAUAUCUGUUCUGCCAGAGAGGCGCGGAGGAGAUUUCCUGGAGAAGCGAGGAGUGGCCGGAGGAGCCGCGGGGUUACCUGGAGAAGGCGCUGGGCUGCUCCCUGCACCCCCUGGGGAAGCUGCUGCGGGCGCUGAGCGCGGCGUUCCAGGCCGCUUAUUCCGGCGUCGGCGCCAACCGGCACCUGCUGGCCAUGGCGCAGGACGAGGUCAAGUUCUACGCCGGGAAAAUCUGGGAAUUCUACCGGGCGCUGCCGCGGCGGCCGCCGGAGGAGGAUCCCAGUAUCCAGCAGGGCUCCAGCCUGGUCCUGCCCCUGAUCCUGCCCUGCUUCUAUCCCGAGCUCUCCAUGCUCUACAUGCUCCAGCACCAGCGCGAGGACAACCUCUACUGCCAGGGAAUCGCGGAGCUCAGCCUCUUCCCGGAUAUCCUGCUCCUGGAAUUCCUGGAGGUGCAGAAGCACCUGUGGCCCCUCAAGGAUCUCACGCUGACCUCCAACCAGCGGCGCUCCCUGAUCAAGGAUAAAUGUUUCCUGUCUGCCACCGAGUGUCUGCAGAAGCUCAUCGCCACGGUGGAUCCCGGGGAGAAGCUGGAGAUCCUGCGGAGAACCUGCGCGGAGCUGGAGCGCACGGCGUGCCGGGCGCUGGGGCGGGAUUACAAACUGUCCAUGGACGAUCUCCUGCCCCUCCUCAUCUUCGUGGUGGCCCGCGCCAAGAUCCAACACCUGGGCGCUGAAAUCCAUCUGAUCCGGGAUUUGAUGGAUCCGAGCAACCAGGGAGGGAUGCUGGAUUUCCUGCUGACGGCGCUGGAGUCGUGCUACGAACACAUCCAGAAGAUCCGGCUCCAUCUGAAGGAAAAAUCCCACAGCUGCUGAUCCCGAAUCCUCCUUUUAUUCCCAAACUUUCCGGAAAAAAAAAGCGGGAAUUGUAUCCCUGGCUGCCUUUAAAGGGAAGAAUUCCUCCCCAGCCGAGGUUUUCCUGAUCCCAAAAACACUGGAAGGGCUGGAAUUUCCAUCUCCAAACUUUGGUUUUUUUUUUUUUUUUUUUUUUUUGGAAUUUUAUCCCCUUUUCCCGCAAAUAAUUCCCGGGACGAGGGGGGAAAAAAAAAAAAAAAAAUCUCCUUUUCCUGCUCUGGAUUUUUUUUGUUUGUUUGUUUGUUUUUGGUUUUUUUUGUUUUUUUGUUUGGAGAAUUCCCAGAAAAAAAAAAAAAAAAAAAAGGGAUUUCUUUGGGAAAACCGGAUUUUUUGAUGGGAUUUCUUGGAGUGGGAAGGAGACCUCAUCCCAAAGCUCCUAAAAAUUCUGGGAAUGAGAGGAGAUUUUUUUUCCCACUGCUCCUUUUCCUGCUUUUCCCAACUCAGGGCUUUUUCCGUUGCCUUUGGAAGCUGCUGCUGCUCCCGAAUUUCCUGGUUUUUUUUCCCAAGAUUUUUCCGGAUCCUUGGGAGACCUCAGGGGUGAUCCCGCACUUUGGAUAAUCCAGCGCCGCUUUGGAAUUCUGAGGGCUCGGAAAAUCUCCCGGAUUUGGGGAAAUUCUGGGAAAAAAAAGAACAGAAAACGUGGAAUAAAAAAAACCUUCAAUCCCAGCUGGAUUCGUGCCCUGAGCUGGGAUUUCCCUUUGGAAAAGGAGUUCUUUGGGAUAUUCCCGAUGGAUAUUUGAGGAUGCUGUUCCCAGAAUUCCAAAAUAACGUAAUCAUUGCCCCCAAAAAUAUUUUUAAACAUUUUUUAAUGCUGCUUUUUUUCAUUUUUCCUGAGACUUUUUUUUCCUUAUCUGGGUGAUUCCUGGGAAAACAAAACUCCCUGGGCUUUGUCCCCCUCUCUGGUUUUCCCAACUUCUCCUGAUUUUCUAAAUGAAGGAAAAGUGGAUCCUUGAUAUUUUUGGCGAACGAAGAAAAAAUCAGAAGCCCAAAGUUAGAAAUAAAUGGGAUUUUUUUUGUCAUUUUUCUCAGGAAUUUUUUCAUUUUUCCAAGGGAUUUUUUUUCCUUACUCUUUUACUCCGGGAAAACAAAACUCCCCAAGGUUUUUCCCACCGUUAUUCCCAAAAUUUAUGCUUUAAUAAAUAACAGAUUAUUAACGUUAAUUAAUAUUUUAAUAUAUUGACAAGAGGAAAACCGGAAGUUUGCCGGGAAUU